UUUGAAGAAACGCAGAAGAUAAACCCUGGACAGACCUGUGAAACAGCGGAGUAAAGUUAGCACAAACUCUGCCUGCCAGCAGCCAGAAAUACUCGGAGCAAAUCAAACGGAAAAUAACCCACCCUUAAUAUACUGAACCAAUGAGCUGAGCGAGACAGGAGGGCGUUCCCCUACUGGUUGGGAAUGUUAUCUCCAAUACCCCUGAAUGGAAAGAUCCCACAGGAGUUCGAUUCCAAACAGGUGCAACGUGUGCCCACUGACCGGAGACUGUUUCAAUUCUCACGGGGAACGUGUUCCGGAUAAAUAUGACUUCGGGGGGUCGGUUCGUCUCUCAGCUAAUGACAGUGGGAACUGUCCCUGGGAACUGUUCCCAGCCGCGUGUUUACAACUUCAGUUCCACUUUGUGGUAAACAGGACUGCAGAGAGCGAGGGGAGCGAAGGGAUUAUGUCUCAAGAUAGACAAUGGAAUAUCAUUGUCCACCUCAGUCCUUCUCAGAUAACUUUGUUGUGGAAUGUUGGGAGUGGGAUGUUAAUGCGAAGUCACCAGCAGUACAACUUUCUCCAUGUCGGAGAGCAGUUUACUUUCAUAUUGAUCCCGUCCUGCAAAGUGAAGGUACAGCCGGAGUUAGAGGAACAAAAGGCUUCAUCCAUGGAGAACAUUAUUGGGAGGUUAAGUUUCUUGAACCUCCAUAUGGUACCUCUGUGAUGGUGGGUGCUGGAACAAGACAUGCACAUCUUCAUCUUGGCAAUUACACAUUUAUAAACAUGCUCGGGAUGGAUUCUGAAAGCUGGGGCUUAUCCCACAAAGGUAUAACCUGGCAUGAUGGCCACAGCAGACAGUAUACGGAACCAUUUUAUGAGAAAGCCACAAUCAUAGGAGUUGACUUAAAUCUGUAUGAUGGUACUAUGACCUUUUAUAAGAAUGGAUGCAAUUUGGGAGUUGCAUUCACAGGCCUCAAUAAGGUUGGGGCACCCCUGUAUCCCAUUGUCACUUCCACAACUGCAGAAACAGAACUUCAGCUUGGGAUGAGAAGCUGUCGGUUCAUGUCACUACAGGAGCAGUGUCUAUACACAGUCAUCCAGCAUCUAAUAGAUAAAGUUCACAUUGACACACUGCCUCUCCCUGCCUACAUCAGAGGACAACUUAAAGAACUUUUAAAGUAAUCACUGAAGUGGGAUGUAAUCAUUUUGGGAAGAUUGAAAAUAAUUUCAAGAAGACUAUUUAAUGUUUUCCAUGGAUCUGAAUAUUUCUGAAUCAGGAAACAAAAUUAUGUAUUGCCUCAACAAUUGUGGAAUUGACCAAUACACAUUUUAAAAAAAAAAUCAAGAUAUUUUUCUUCGUACUUGUGUUUGGAUUUGGAGAGUGUCUUUGUGUAAAAAGAAGAUGCAAAGCAGAUGUUGCUGUUGUAUUAAUAGCAAUAUCGCUGGUGUUUACAUUCAUUAACCUGAGGUAGCAAUUCCUGGUGUCUGCACACACACUAUUAAAAGCUGUAAGUGAUUUAUUGCUCUUCCACAGAAUGUGUCUUUGAAGUCCUGGCAGACAGCAAUCAUUCAAAAUCACUGAAACUGAUAAGGACUUCCUCUUUCAUGCUAUGAUAUUAUUAACUCCCCACCAAGUUAUAUCUUAGAAAGGAAAUUUUACUUAAUUUUUUUAAUGGCAUCAUAAGUCAUAACUAAUCAUUGAACAACCUCUCUGGCCUAGGAAAAUAAAUUUUAUAAUGGCAUAAUGUCAAAUGGUUCAUUAUGAUAAAAAUUCCAUUGCUUUCUGAUAUAAUAUUUUAAAAACUUUUGUUCGACAUUUCAGCUUCUAAUGUGUACAUCCCUAUCUUUAUUUCACUUGCUGUAAAUUUUAUUAAAAGAAUAGGAUAAUCAGAGCUCAUCACUUUCAACUUGGUUAUUGGUAAGAAUUCUUCAGUGUGAUUGACUGCUUACGCUGCCUGCUGACAUCAGCGUUGCUGGAUGCCUGAAGAACUCUUCAAAUUGACACUGAUUGUUCGAUCUUUGUGUAUAAAUUCCAGGUCAACGAGUGCUAUCACUUUUCAGCUGACUAGAAAUUCAGGGCCGACAUGAUAAAUUAUGAUGAAUGGACCUGAGUGUGGUGAUGUUUUCAAGUCAAAACAAAACAAAGAAAACUGAGAAGUUUACAAUUUGCAUUGUCAGUCUAACAACUAAUUAGUAUUUAACAACCAUCUCUGGAGGGCAAUGCGAUACAUUGAAAUACUAAGUUCAAAGUAAUAUUAAAGGUUUCAAGCACUGGAAUGGAAGGAUUUAAGUGAAGUUAGAAUCUGCAACCGGAAAUCAAUCUAAUUUGAGCAUUAUCCAAGAUACCACAGAAAUUUUAAUUGAAGGAGUAAACUUAGUUGGGGUCAGUUUUUAAGGUUAUGAUGUAACAUUGUACAGUUUAUGUAUAUACUUUUCCAGUAUCUGUAAUAAAAUUAAAUAUAAUCACUCUUGGAAUUCUUAAUUUUAAAUUAGUCUCGAUGUCAUAAUUUAACAUCAUAAAAACAUGGGAAUGCUCAAUUCUGUCAGUUUAUUUUGCAUAACCUGAAUGGAACACAAACACUUGUUAGUCUUAGCAAGCACAACACUUGAAAUUAUGGGUAAGUUCAGACUAUUUCUUAAUUAACUCUGGUGAUCACUUUUGUCUGCUACUUGUUUCAUUCUCAGAAUCACAUAUUUUCCACCCGUAAUGUUUAAAAGAGUAUAAAGACACAAAAGUUAAUAUCAAUUAAUGCUUAGUUUUAAGAAAAAGUGUGUAUGUUUGUAUUGUGUAAGAGUUAUGCAGCAUUCAUGUGACGGUAACAGAAGCUAAAAAAUAUGGAAUCACUUUACCAAUGUAAUUUCAAAAUUAUAUCCACUUUGCCUGAUGUGAAGGGUUUUGAAUUUGCAUGUCCAAAUUUGAUUUCAGAUUUUCAGCAGCUGCAAUCUUUUGCAUUUUUAUUUGUGAAGAGUUAGAUAUCUGCAUUUGAGGCAGUCUGUGCCCUACAGAGAAAUCUUUGUUGCAUGGAAAAAUGAUAAAUAACUUGAUUGCAAGCAAAAUGUUUCUUCAUUACUGAAGAAUUUCCAUUUUUUCUUGUGGUUUUCAGUGCACUUGCUAUCAGAAAUUAGUGCAGCAAUUUUGCAAAACACAAAGUGAAUGGAGUUGGACUGAAAGGAAAGUUUAUAGGACAGUAAAGCUAAACAAAGUGGAAGAGGCAAAGAUUAAAUGAAUUGGAAUUCCACUGUCUUAUUAGAUUGAGCUGCAACCUUUCACUAAACAAUGUGCGGGUCUUAUAUGAAAACUGAUAUACAGUGUUCUCUCAUCUUCUUAAAACAUACCAUUAUUUAGGUAUCCUUGUAUAUACAAAUACAGAACAACCUCAAUUAUCCGAAUGAGAUGGGCGGGGAGUAUCUUGUUUGGAUAACUGAUUAUUUGGAUAACUGAUCUGAUCGUAAACAAAGGAAGCCAUACUGAACAUGAUUAUGCAAACAAGCAUUUUUACAGAGUUUUUAUUUCAUUUAAUCGAUAAAAUAUGUACAAACGCUGGAUAUUGCUUAAAAAUUCAUGAUAUUUUACAAAU